UUGUCAACCACCAAUUACCAUCACCGCAUCUAACAGGAUCUUUAGAAUGGAAGUGGAAGUGAAGAGGAGGAGUUUGGGAGACAGCUUCUCAAGUGGUGGAAAAUCCACUUUUAAAAAUACAAUAGAAAGCGCUAUAAAACGGCGAGCAGCGAAAUAGCUGAAACAGUCCCAAAAGAUUGCUGAAACUAUUCAAACCGAAAACACGCUUCUCAUACUAAACAAGAACUUUACUACUACCAUUCUAAACAAGAACUUUACUACUUACCACUUUUAGGACUAUGAAAUCAAUGAUGACAGUAAACGACAGAGUACAAACCCCAGACAGUAGUAGUAGUAGUGAUUCCAGAUUAACGAACAGCCCCAAAAUGGAUAAAGAAUCUUAUUACUGCUCCAAUUAUUAUAUGAAACUUUUCAUGUACAUAAUUCUGUGUUUGUUGAUUAUAAAACUGUUGCGGAAGCGAGCGAUGAUACGGAGAAGUUUAUUUAUAAAAUCUAUAUUACUAGCCAUCGUCUAUUACAUGACUGUCAGCUUAACUACACAGUCUUAUUACUUAGAAUUCAUCGUGUUGGCCACGGCUAUCCUGGUCGUUCAUCGCAACACCCCGACGCAGAAAUUGCCGAUAAACAACAAAGCUGUUCUCAUCACCGGUUGUGAUCGAGGAUUUGGGCAUGCAUUAGCUAUCAAAUUAGAUCAGCUUGGAUUUAAAGUAUUUGCUGGUUGUCUUGAUAAAAGUGGUGACGGUGCUGCAGAACUAAAGGACAACUGCUCAAAUUUAUUACACGUCCUCCAACUUGAUGUGUCAAACCAGAGUCAAAUCAACAGUGCUUUUGAGACAGUCGCAGAUAACUUAGGAAAUUACAUUCUUUGGGGAUUGGUCAACAAUGCCGGAAUAUGUUAUAUUGGAAAUUCUGAGAUAAUUUCAACAGCUGACUCGCUUAAACUAAUGGAUGUCAACUUUCGAGGACCAUUCCUGUUGUGCCGCAAGUUCCUUCCUUUACUCCGCAGAAGUCAAGGUCGGAUUGUCAAUGUAUCAAGUAAUGCUGGAUUAGCUCCAGUAGCUUUGAUGGGUGCCUACUGUUGCUCGAAAUCUGCUCUCUUCAUGUUGUCCGAAGUUCUCCGUGCUGAGAAUGAACGAUGGGGAGUAAAGGUGUCCACAAUUGUACCCAGUGGUUAUAAGACAGGAAUAAUUGCAUAUGACAAAACAAAGAUGGCUGAGAAAUGGUGGGCAGAAGCACCAACUAUUAUCAAAGAAGACUUCGGACAGGAGGCAUUUGUUGCCAGACCAAAAGCAGGAGACUCUGAUGAAAUGCUAUCAGCUGAUAUUUCACCUGUCAUUAAUUCUAUGAUUGAUGGACUUCUUUCACAAAAUCCUCAAUUUGUCUAUUACAAAGGAUUCCUUUCGCGUCUCAUCCCAUUCUGUUAUUUGCAUUUGCCGACCAUCCUUAGACAACCUGUGAUGCAUGUCUUGGCUGACUGGUUUGAAUUCCAACACUCGUGGUUACAAGAAGAAUAGACAUUUAAAAAGAAAAUAGUUUUCUAAUGCAUAAAUGUAUUUCUACAAGAAAAAACCAUUUACAAACAAAGCAGGUUUCCUGAACCGAAAACUGUUCUGUAAGGGAUUCCUUUGAACUUUUUUGUGACUGGCAUUUCUGUAAAAUAUUUCUGUUCUGCUCCGUGACGUUAGAACAUUUUUUUGAUGAACAUCCUAUGUUUGUGGUCACAUGCUGAAGGAUUCUGAGGAAAUCUCAUCUAGGUUUUAAGAAGCGCUUUCCUAUGAUCCAAGAGUAGAUAUUUGUGUACAUUAUUUAUUAUUUUUUUUUUUUUUUUAUCUUGCUCUGACAAGUAUUCUAUUUAUUUAUUUAUUUUUCUUUUUCUCAAAGUCAGAAAUA